GCCGCGACCUUUCAACCCGGCGAACAAUCACUUACUUGGAGAGAUGCAUCGGACGCACCAGCUACAAGCGUUUAGUGGCCAAGAUAGCUACCAGCGGCUCCAACGCCUCCAAGCGCUCUGCGGUAACAAGCACCAUGAUGGACGCGGCGGGUACGAAGCCAUGCUCAUCGUGGGUGGCGCGGACGGACUGUACUCGCACGGGUCGCAGGCAGCGUUGAAGUUUCUGUUUCUCGGCAAGUCUGGCCAAGAGCUGUUGGGGGAACAAGUCAUUCCGCAGCAGUACGAGGCGCUCGAAGACGUCGUCGUGUUGAUCACGCGCACCGCGGUGUCGAUCUUUUACGUGUUGGACAGCGACAGCGCGGCGUUGCUUCUCCCGUUGCUGAGCAAUUGGCGUAACGUAACAGAGUACGUCGCCACCGACGACAUGACCCAAGAUCUGCGCGAACUCACCAAAAUCCGCGCCUUCCGCGCCAUGGUGGAGCCCCACGCCACGAUCGGUAUUGCCCUGCACGAACCAAAGUCCACAGGAGAUGUACCCACGGCGGAAGCGUGGCCCCUCGUGCAGUCGUUCGGCCUCGAGGACGUCCAUCCCUCCAGCGCCGUCAAGGGCUUCUUCAGUAUGCACCACACUGUGGUCAACUGCUCCAUGGCGCUUAUGGCCCGGCUCACGGACAUCGACGACUUCUUUGCUCGGCGACUUGUCGAGGACGCCGAGCCUGCGCUGGCGCAUCACUUCGGGGGUUUGCUGGCCAAGUUGGACCACGCCGAGACCCCGGCGGCCCGCGGGGCCCUCACCGAAGCGGAUAUCGCGGAUGACGUGGCCAGUUUCUACGACUUUGGCACGAUUCGCCACGACGCACGGAGGCUCCAACGGGCACCGAACCGGGGCGCGACAGUGCAUUUUGGCACGCGCACCAGUGCCGAGUUUUCAACUGCGACAUCGUCUCCGACCAUCACGUCGCCCCAAGCGGGAGUGCAUGGACAGUUCCCAGCCACCCAUUUCACCGUCGUGGCCGAAGAACCACUCACGGGGAUCCGCGUGGGCCGGACGUAUUUCGUUGGCACGGGGAAAUGCGCGGCCCGCAUCGUCGAUCCCGACGCGCUCGUGUCGCCGGCUGAUUCCAAGCUGGACCGGUACGAGUCGGUGCCAACGAACGCCGCGGAUACGCGUCGUUUGAUUGCGUUGUACGAGAAAUUGCUUACUGUGCACACGGCGACCACGUUACCCGCCGUCGCAGCUAGCGCCAAAGCACUAGGAUCGACACCUAAGGAAUGGAUGGCUAGCGCACAAGUUGCUGCAAUCCAGGCCUUUGAACGACAGCUUGGCAGCUCCUUUGACAUCGUUGCUGCGUCGAUUGCUAAGCAACUGAUGGUGCACGUGGAAUGCGUCGAUGCCUGCGGAGAACGUAUGGCCAUUCUGGAGCCUCAUACGAAAUGGAGCCAUAUCUACGUGACGACAACGCUAAGUGCUGUGAUGAGCACUGUCGUGGCGGGGGCGAGUGUGGGGGCUUUGAUUGUGGGGGACUCGAUCCUCUUACAUGUGGCGUCUCCUGCUGCUUCGAACGAUCUGCUGGUGCUCACGGCGAGUUCAUUUCCGUACCUUCGAACGUGGGUGCAGGCAGGGAUGGAGGCAGAUUUUGCCUCCCACGUUGACGACGUUCUAACUUCCGACUACAUGCUGGAAAGUGUAGUCAAGGUGGGCCGACCGAUUGGCACCUCGGUGUCGCAUGCCCAGAUCUUGGUGCAAUCCCAGCAUUUGCAUGUCAUCGAAGGCACCCUCCAGCCCUAUGCGCAUGGAUUUGUGCUGACAAGCGCGCAUUGUCCGCCGCUGGUUGUGCCGUUUCCGACGCACGUUUUGGCGCUGCGUGUUCUGGCCACGCCACACGAACAGUUGCUCCUUGUGGUGGUGGACUUUACUGAAGACAACAACCUCGUGGCCGAGUGGCUACCGUGUGCGACAUCGUCGAGCUCGAUUGCGCUACCCCUUGUCGCAGGUUCCCGCAUGCAAGAACGGCUCUUGGCGGUGCUGGACGUGUGGAAAGCGACUGCAGCCGCCCACGACAUUCCAUUCGUGAAACCCAACUCUGAUGGCGACCAAGCAUCGAUCCCCCAAGGCUUUGUACGGGGGUGUUACUCUCUUUUGGACAAAACAGACGAGACUGUCGCGGACGUUAAAGAUCGGUAUUUCCCUCAAUGGAGCAUUUCGAAGGCACCAGCUCAAGUAUCGACUUGGACAAAGUCGUCGUCGUCAAUGGUGGUUCCUGUGACAGUGUUUCUCGGGCUGCCGGGCAGCGAAGUGCGGGCCCUUGCGGCGUCGCUGGCGGAGCUCACCGCUAGCGCCAACGAAUGGCAUCAUGUCGUGGUAGACACGCGGGAAUUACCCGCGGAUUCGGACACGACCACGAUCAUUCCGCAGCAACUCGACCAAGCGUUGCUGGCCAUUCAAAGCAACGAAGAUAGCAAUUUGACUACUCGUCGGCCUCGCAUUCUGCUUACUGUCGUGGGCUAUGUAGACCCGAUCGCAGUGUGCGCUGCCGUCAAGCACACUCAACACGACCAAGCCAUGCAGCUCAGUACCGUCACCACUGUCAUCUCGGGCGUUGCGCUGACAUUGCCAGACUCGGCGACCCCAUUCCCUAAAUUGUGGGACCAGCUGACUCCUGGGUUUGUCACGACCGUCGUGCUCACCAACACCCAAGAUGUGGCAAAUCUGCCCCGCCUCCGACUGCGCGUGGACUCUGCGAAUCCGUUCGCGGACGUGCUGUGUCUGCGGUCGAACGGGCUGGAUGGGGACCUCUCGACGUUUCUGGCCCUCGAUGUGUUUGAAACGUCCGAACGGCGACGCUACCGCGACGUGCACUUCCCAUCGUGGCAGCAAGCGCCGUCGACGUAUGUCGUGCCCUUGCCAGCCUCUGUCACCGCCGUCCGAUUUGAAAUGAAGUUGAAACUCGACCGAAAUCGGUUCGUUGCGUGCAUUCAGCGCGGGUUAAGUCCCCACACGACCCUGAAGACGAUUUAUCCGGUCUAUACAUCGACGCCUCCAAUUCAACUCUCUGGGCUACGGCUCGCUCAGGCGCUGGCAAUGGACAAAGUGUCGACGCAACUGGUGCACUCGUCGUCGUCAAAUGAAGAACAUAAGGGUGUCGUCCCAGAGGAGACCAUUGCGGCGAUUGUGGCGCAACUGGGAACCGUGUGGACGGUCGAAGCAUCGCUGGCGUUCACCGACGACAGUCAGCACGGGUACAUGUAUAUCAACACGGGCACCAAAGCGUUUUUACGCGUCCAGCCAACAUUGUCUUCGCCGCCAACUUCGUGCUCGUUCGUGUUUACGGGCCAACAUUUGGACGCCGAGAAGCUCCGCCUGUUGUUGCUGCAGUGCUGCCCGGCGCGCCAUGCGGCGGUUGUGGCGCUGUCGGACGUAACUGUCGACGAGAAACGGCGCAUCCAAGCGUUACAUGUAACCGACCCGCUCCCCGACGGUUACAUGUUUGACGGCACGUCGUACUACGACUACUUUGGCGGCCAGUACGAGUUUCACCCGAACAUCCAGCAGUUUAUUGAUGCCGAUAUGGCCAAGAAGAAUGACGUGGCGGCACGACACAACAACGAGCUCGAGACGGACCGCGUGCGAUACGAAGAAUGCACGACGCUGCUGGUGUAAGCCAUUUCUAUAGAGUGCCUAGCACCCAAAUAUGUAUGUAUAUACUUUGCAUAGUUACUUUCAUUCGAGGACUUUUCGGUUAAACUGUUAACGUUGCCGGACCAUUUGAUGUGGCACA